UCUCUCUCUCUCUGGUCUUAUAAGCAAGCGCAAAAGUUGUAAGAAAAGUAAGAAAAUCUGGGAGUUAAACUACCGCUCUCAGCCCUACAGUACCCAUGUGUACUCGCUCUCACUGACAAGAAAGCCUUCUGUUUUGACACGUGUUUGAAUCUCAGUUGCUCGUGUAUUUUACACAUUGGGUUGGAGAGUGGGAGGGAGGGUGGAUGACUGGAAAAGGAUUCUAAGCCGGGAAGGUUAUUUGAGGGCAAGAAAAGAAAAGACAGAGGAAAAAAAACGGAUUUUUCGGUAGAAGGUUAGAAGUAGAAAGAAAGAAUGAAUGCGAGAGAGAGAGAUUAUUGAGAAAAAGGAUUAAUCGUUAUCGAGGGAAGCUGGAAAGAAAUCACCAGGAAAGAUACGAGAAACAGAGAGAUUUUUAGGGUUUUAAUUGUCUUCAAAUUUCGCAAGAAGGUUCAGAGAGAGAGAUGGCUUUGGCUAUGGCUUCUUCUUCUUCGGCUGUUGUCGCGGUGGAUAAGGCGACGAGUGAACUUCUAAUCGGUCCUGAUUGGACUAUGAAUAUUGAUAUUUGUGAUGCUGUUAAUUCAAAUCAUUGGCUGGCGAAAGAUGUUGUGAAAGCUGUGAAAAAAAGGUUGCAGCACAAGAACCCUAAAGUGCAAUUGCUGGCUUUAACGCUUUUAGAAACAAUGGUGAAGAACUGUGGUGAUUACAUCCAUUUCCAAAUUGCUGAAAAGAACAUCUUGGGUGAGAUGGUCAAAAUUGUAAAAAAGAAGACUGAUAUGCAUGUAAGAGAUAAAAUUCUGGUUUUGAUGGACUCUUGGCAAGAGGCAUUUGGGGGGCCAGGAGGAAAACAUCCUCAGUACUAUUGGGCAUAUGAAGAACUAAGGCGUGCUGGAGUGGAAUUCCCUCAGCGUUCCUCAAAUGCAUCUCCUAUAUUUACACCUCCUGUCACUCAUUCAACGUUGAGACAUACUCAAGCUGGAUAUGGGAUGCCUAGUAAUUCCUCUAGAAGACUUGAUGAAACAAUGGCAACAGAGUUUGAAGGCUUAAGUUUGUCAGGCUUGGAUUCCAUGAGGAAUGUCAUGGAGCUCUUGAGUGACAUGCUGCAAGCUGUGAACCCUCAUGAUCGCGAGGCUCUAAAAGAUGAAAUUAUAGUUGAUCUUGUCAAUCAGUGUCGGUCCAACCAGAAAAAGUUGAUGCAGAUGCUAACUACAACUGGGGAUGAGGAACUUCUUGGUCAGGGUCUUGAAUUAAAUGACAGUCUACAAACCUUGCUUGCCAAACAUGAUGCUAUAGCUUCUGGUUCUCCUAUGCCAACACAAGUUAAUAAUUUAGGCCCCAAGUCAAGUGAAGGAUAUUCCUCCAAUAUCAAGCCGACUGAAGUAAAGGACGCCAGCCCAAGUUCUAGCACUAAUCCCAACGUGUCAGUUGCUAAUGUAACAAGGAGCCCUAUUGAUGAAGAAGAUGAAGAGGAGGAUGAAUUUGCACAGCUAGCUCGGAGGCAUUCCAAAACACAGUCAAGUCCAUCUCAAAGUACAUACGGAACCAGUGAGGCUUUUGUGCCAGCGGAUGCCAAUAAUGCAGUGUCUUCUACCACCACUGUUUCAAACCCUGCUUCAUGCACUGCGCUAGCUCUUCCUGAUCCACCUGCACCAGUUAAGACUACAAAAGAGCAAAAUAUAAUUGACCUUUUGAGCAUCACCUUAUCAACACCAACAUCCCAUCAACCCCACACACCUCAUACUCCAACUGCUGCUAACCAGAGCAUGCCUCAAGUACCAGCCUCAAGCACCCAAGGGUAUCCAUAUAUUUCUGAAACUUAUCCUGGAAACCAAGGGCAGGCAAGUUACAAUAGUUAUAUUGUUCCAUGGGCACAGCCUCAUCCCCAGCACCAGUUACAAGUUCCAUCUCAGUCCCAUUUGCUGCCUCAAAUCCAGCAACAAUUGCGACCUCAAUCUCAAUCACAACUGCAACCUCAGUCUCAGCAGCAAUUUCAAGCACAAUCUCAGCCACUGCAACAUACUCAGCCUCAGCAGCAAUUUCUGCCUCAAUCUCAGCCACAAUCACAGCCUCAAACUCAACCUCAGCAGCAGUUUCAAGCACAAUCUCAGCCACUACAACAUGCUCGGCCUCAGCAGCAAUUUCAGCCUCAAUCUCAGCCACAAUCACAGCCUCAAACUCAACCUCAGCAGCAGUUUCAAUCUCAAUCUCAAUCUCAAUCACAACAUUCUCAGCCUCAGCAGCAAUUCCAACCUCAAUCUCAACCACAAUCACAGCCUCAAUCUCAGCAGCAAUUUCAGUCUCAAUCUCGACUACAACAUCCUCAGCCUCAGCAGCAAUUCCAACCUCAAUCUCAACAACUUCAUGCCCAGCCUCAACAACAAUUUCGACCUCAAUCUCAACCACAUACCCAGCCUCAACAACAAUUCCGACCUGAAUCUCAACUUCAGUUUCAGCCACAAUUGCAGUCACAGUAUUCUCAAUACUCAUCUGGCUAUCCCCCUCCGCCCUGGGCUGCUACACCUGGUUAUGCCAAUGGCCAAAGCCGUACGUCAACAGCUAAUAAUAUGUUCUCAACCCCACAAGCCAAUGCAGCUACAUCUUAUACACCUACACAAGCAGCUAGGCCCAUGCAGCAUUAUAACUCCUUUUCUACAAGAGGAAUCAAUGGAGUAGCCAUGAAUGGUGAUCCUAUAGUGAAUUCUGGACCUAGGAACCCUGCACCUCCAGGACAGAAGCCCUUUAUUCCAUCAUACAGAUUAUUUGAAGAUCUAAAUGUUCUUGGCAAUGCAGAUGGAAGGUUUAAGAUGACUGGUAGCACAUCACCAAGCUUGUCAGGACCUUCUAGCCAAGGGAUGGUGGGCGGAAGGAAGUAAAAUGCUAGCGGUAAAGAACACCAAACUAGAUAUAUCAUUGUGAAUAUGGUUAAUAUUGGUGUGUUCAUUCAGUUUGGAAUGUAUGUAAAAGGAGUUCUUUAGAAUGGUCAUUGCUCCAUCUGUAGUUUCUCACAGUUGCUUUUCUACCAUUCUUCUCAACCCAUAUAAUUGAGUUGUAUCAUCCAGCUUGAGCUGAGCAAGAUGUUAUGCAUUCUUCUGGGUGUCGAGUAAUUACUGUUUCGAUAUGAUGCCUUGGUUCUCUAAUGCGGAUCUUAUUGGCUAUCAAAGAUUGUACUUGCUGCUCUAGCAUAGAGUAAAUGAUUAGAUUGGUGUAGAUGAUCCAUUUCACAUAAGUUGCGAUUUGCAUGUAAGAUUCAUAUGUGGGAUGAUAGGCUGGGCAGAAUUUCUGCUGUUAACGAUGGUUGAUAGUUAAUAACGUGUAGUUGUUAUUAGCUAUGAUAUUAAUAAUAUGUAAAUCAUUGUUCAUAGGUUUGAUAAUGACUAAGGGUGGUUUUGUUUA